GAGAGCUGCGGCCACGCCACUCUGCCUGAAGGUCGCGGGCAAACCCGGCCAGCCUCCUAAACCCGCCACGCGGAUCCUCCCCGCCCAGCGUUGCUGACGAGGGGCCACCUUUUCCCUAGCUAGACCUUGACACAAAGGACAUCUAACUGCCGGGGACGGCCUGGAAGGGCGGACACUUUGGCGGCGCCUUUCCCUUUUAUUUCUCAAGGGGUCUCAAACAUCGACACUUGCUGCUUCCUGCUUCUGAAGCCCCUCAGAGCAGAGGAAGUUUGGACUGACCGUUGGAGUGCAGACCCCUGAAUAUGAUGCAUUUCAAAAGCGGCCUCGAGCUAACGGAGCUGCAGAACAUGACUGUGCCCGAAGACGACAACGUCAGCAAUGACUCCAACGACUUCACCGAGGUGGAGAACGGCCAGAUAAAUAGCAAGUUCAUCUCCGACCGUGAGAGCCGAAGAAGUCUCACCAACAGCCAUUUGGAGAAAAGGAAAUGCGACGAAUAUAUUCCAGGAACGACCUCCCUGGGCAUGUCUGUCUUUAACCUGAGCAACGCCAUAAUGGGCAGUGGGAUUCUGGGACUCGCCUUUGCCCUGGCUAACACUGGAAUCCUCCUGUUUCUGAUACUUCUGACUUCGGUGACUUUGCUGUCUAUAUACUCGAUAAACCUACUGUUGAUUUGUUCCAAGGAAACGGGCUGCAUGGUUUAUGAAAAGCUUGGAGAACAAGUCUUUGGCACCACGGGGAAGCUGGUGAUUUUUGGAGCCACCUCUCUACAGAACACUGGUGCGAUGCUGAGCUAUCUCUUCAUAGUCAAAAACGAACUUCCUUCGGCCAUAAAAUUCCUCAUGGGAAAGGAGGAGGAAUUUUCAGCCUGGUACGUAGACGGCCGUGUCCUGGUUGUGAUGGUCACCUUCGGCAUAAUCCUCCCGCUGUGUCUCUUGAAGAACCUGGGGUAUCUUGGCUACACUAGUGGAUUUUCCUUGAGCUGCAUGGUUUUUUUCCUAAUAGUGGUUAUCUACAAGAAAUUUCAGAUUCAAUGCAUGAGUGUAGAGCAAAACUCAACAAUCAGUGCCAAUGUAACUGACAUGUGUACGCCAAAAUACGUUACCUUCAACUCUAAGACCGUGUACGCUUUACCAACCAUCGCGUUUGCGUUUGUCUGCCACCCGUCCGUCCUGCCAAUCUACAGCGAGCUCAAAGACCGAUCACAGAAAAAAAUGCAGAUGGUUUCCAACAUUUCCUUCUUCGCCAUGUUUGUCAUGUACUUCCUGACCGCCAUCUUUGGGUACUUGACAUUCUAUGGUAAGUUACUUCCACUCGUGUGUACCUAUCUGUGUUUAAAGACAGCAGGGAAAACCAGCACUGAAAAGAGUCUGAAAAGUUCAGCCGUGGUUGUAAUGGACUCCAAACACCACGGGACCCAGAGGAGAGGGCAGAGCGUUCCACUCUUCCUCCAGGGACCUGAGGGAAGUGCCGGUACAUUUGAAAUAACCCAUGUUUCGUUGCUUCAGGCGGCCCUUUUCCUGGCGCUGGGGGUGUUGUUCUCCCUGAUCAGCAUCCCGCUGGUUAUCUAUGACUGGGCUUGCUCGUCCAGCCACGACGAAGGCCACUGAGACCGGCAAAGGAAAGCCAGCACCUGCCCCCGCCCGCCCAGCCAGUCACCCAUCAGCAACCCUUCGCCACUUCUUUUGCAAGUUUACAGACAGACGGAAAUGCACAUGACAACACCCGGGCUGUGACACAGAGACCCGCUCUGGAACGACUCGUGUCCUCCUGGGAUCGUGGAUUUUAUCUCUCCCAGGUUUCAUGCAGUCAUCUUUCCCUCUCGUUACGUGUUGUGGCUCCUUCUCAGUCCCUUAGAACUCUGAAAACACCAUCAUCGGGUGUAUUUAUUUGUCAGACACCGGGUUCUGAAACCGUUUUCCUACUGACGUCACCGCUCACACUAUCUGUAUCUUUUUAGAAAAGAAAAUAAUCUUAAAUUGUAUAUAUUUAUUUUGCUUUACAGAAAAAAAAGGGUUUCAGGAAAAAAAAGGUUUCAUAAAUACUUUGCCUAUUUUGGUUAACAUAGCACACAGGGGUAAUCCUUUGAAAGACAGGUUGCCUGCCAUUGCUGCAUCUGAGCAUGCCCAGUAUUCGAGGCGGCUCUGGUCACCCAGCAUGGGCUGUCCUGGACCUGCUGGUACUCCAUCCUGCUCCCACAUGGAGCUAGUCCCUGGGAGUGUCUGUGGCUGGGCAGGGGUGGGCAUGGCACUUGUGGAAAUAUAUUGAAAUGUGCAUUUGGGAGAGCUCACAAGGGAAGCUUUGUUUUCCCCCUUGACAUCUGAUGUCACAGGUAACUCUAGGCUGAAUCACCUGCUUGGGGGCCCCUGGCUCCUGCAGUGAUGAAUGAGACUGCCCCAAAGCCUAAGGAAACACUCCUGCUGCAGAUGCCAUCAGUCUACACCUGUAUCACUGAAGGGGCAGGGGGCAUGUGUGAUGUGUUCAUUUAUGAGCCCGGCAUCAUUUAGUCAUGUCCACCAGCUUUUUGCAACAGAGAAUAAUGUGUACCUAAGGAUGGCCUGUCUUAGGUCGUCCUCUUUUGUAUUGGGUACUUUACUUUAGGGGAGUCUUUAAAAGACUUGUUUUAUAUCUAUAAAUCUAGGUUAUUACAAAUACAAGAGUUUUGUACCUUAAAUAAGCCUCAUUUCUAUUCUCCGUUAACUCUCCAUCCAAUAUUGAAGGUAAAUCUUCUGAGAUAGUCUUUGUGGAAAACUUCUGAAGUCACGGUGUCCCCUCUUGCCCGAGCUGGGGAGGACAAGAGGCCCUUCCUCAUCCGUGUUUCUUCCUGUUAUCCCUCUACUGCCUGUUCCAUGUGACCCACGCAAGAGGGCAGAGUCUCCUAUGUUCUCCCUAGCACCUCCCGAGGGGACCAGAAAAAAAUGACAAGGAGACUGAAAACUACAAGAGCUUUGGACAUGGCAGCUAGGGAGCCCAGAGCCGCGUGUCCUGCUGGUGGCCACCUGCGGCUGGCCAUAACUGCGGCUGGUCAUGGCUUAUUUACAGUAGGAAGUGCACAUGCUGUGAGCACAGUGUGCCCCCAGGGCUCGUUUGCAGCCAGAUGUAUUCUGGUUGAAUUCUCAGAUACAAAAAUGCACUGUGCACAGAUUUCUUACCUAGAAACAGGUAGGAUCUAAUAGAGAGUUGGCAGAGGACCCAGACGCUUAGCUGUAGACUCUUUCUGCUGACUAAAGUCCCCAAAGCUCUUCAGGAAUCUCAUGAGAGUCUCACAGAGAUGUCCCUUUGUACAAUCAGGUCCCUUAGAUAAGGUAGGUGUCCAAGGUCCUGCCACCAUCCUCCUGGGAAAGAAGGAAAAGCUACUUCCUGUAUCACAUCAUCACCUUGGUACAGUGCUUCAGAGUCUGUUGGCCUUGAGCUCAGACAACUGAACUCCGGGGCCUAGAUAGGAAAAGGGUAAAGCCCACAGCUGCCUCUGCCCUUUGCGGAAAUGCUCUCCAUGUCAUGGGGAAUGAUAGAAAAUUUGUAGCUUGUUCGGCACUGUUUAAAAUGUAUCGACUCAGUUUGCAAGCCAUCCAGCCCUUUGUUUUCCUCCUUAUUCUGUAACCAUCCUUCAUCCUUUUUACAUUCACAAAGUGAAUUCAAACACUCUCAUUAACUCUGGGAUGUGCUGUGAUUUUGGAUCUCUGGAUUUCAUGUGUUGGUAAAAUUACUGUAUUAUUUACAGUAUAUUUAUUUGCAGGAAGCACAUUGUUGUUGAUGUUUGUGAUGUGUGUUUUAUUUUAAAGCUCCUUUAUGUACGGCCCCGAGUUUGUUGGACUGUAAUAGACCCUACUGUCAUUCUUCAGGGACCACAGAUGAAUUCCGUGCUUUCUGUGGUAUUUCCUGUAUACUGUUCUUACUCUUGUUCAGAAUAAUGAACUGGUAGCCAAAAUAUACCUGUAUCACAGAUGUUAGUUAGGAUUCAACAGCACAAUCAAAUGCAAUAGACAUUUUCCUGCUAAAUUCGUAGACCCGAGAGUAGUAGACCUUAGCUGUGGGAAGCGGUGCUUUCCAUUGGCGCAUAGGAUCUCCAUACUGUUGGCCAGGGCCAGUAUCAUACAAUGUCCUCUGGCCGUUGUAACACAGAAUACUGUUGAUUCCUAGCUUAGUGUUGCUGGUUAGAAGCAGGAUUAGCAGAAUGUGCAGAAAGAAAACCCAUCUUUUAGGCAUGGACAGGCAGCCCCCAGGUCACAGGGAGAAUGUAACUCCAAAGUGUUGUAACCUGGAAUGGGUUUUCUGUGACUGGGUUGUAUGUGAUAAUUUGGCCCCAGAGCAGCGGGGAAAGACUGCCAAACCUAGAGUUGGGGUGCAAUGGAAUAGUGCAACAGGACUGCAGAAGACAAACCCCCAGAUAGAACUGGGGGAGGGGGGUGUGGAUUCAGACUCACCAAGAGUAAACCAUGGCCUGUUGUUGUGGAAUCCAGACUUCAUCUCUGCCACAGUGUCUGCUGGACACUGAGUUUGGGGUUCCUGCAACAUUAGAGGAACUAAGUUCAGAAACGGGCUGGUAGGGUAGUGAUAAAGGAGGAAGAGGGAUUCCUUAGCUACCCACCUUUUGUUUUCUCCAAAACUACCAAACUUGGCCUGGCUGCUUCCGGUUCUGUGGCCUUUCCCUCCUAGAGUUUGCCUCCUUCUUGGCCACUAACACCACAUCUCCUUGCAGGAGAGCCAUCUUUGAGAGCAGCACACGACACUUUUAAUAUCUUCUGUCUCAACCAUGAUUUAGCUGCUCGGUAAUCAGACACAAAAUGGGUCAACAUCUACUUUCUUUCUUGUAUGUUUAUGGACCAUAUUGAGAAGUGUAAGAGCACCAUUGGGGUGGGUUGCAGAUGACCAAGGUCUGCGGUAAGAUGUCUCAGUGUUUCAGAGGAUACCUCCAACAAUUAUGCCAAGAAUUCUGGAGUUCAGCUCAAGCCCCCAAGCUGGUGUUUCUCAAAUUGUGGCCCCCAGGCAAGCAGCAUGGACCGCAUCUACAGACACAUCAGAAUGCCAAUCCUCCGUGUUGCCAGAUGCCGUGGACGACGCAACCUGUUCUCUGCGAGUCUCAGGUCUAGACUCCAGGUGAUGCCAGCCGCAUCAAUUUGGGAGCCACUCUUGAGCCAAUCUCCUGUCAAUCACAGCUCAGAAGAUAGUUCCCGGGGUGAGGAAUUAGAGCCAGGACUCAGAAAGGGAGGGAAAGAACCCCAGCCAGUGUCUCUGCAAAUGAAGGAGACAUCUUGUGUGAGACCCCUACCUGUGUCCCCUCCUGCUGGAAGUGCAUGAGUAAAACUCAGGGUGCCUGCACUUUAGGGGAAAUGGCCUAAGGCACUAACAUAUUUUCUUACAGUUGUGAAGACACCGAAUUGAGACUUUACAAAAUGUAGGUAAAUUUAAAUGCCUUAUUAGAAUGCAACUCCACGGGUAUCGCUGAGUUUCAAGGAAUUGGUUCUCCAAGAGGACUGUGUUCGUGGUUGGCUAGAGAGCCAGCCUGCUAGGUGCAAGGCCCUGGUGAAGUUCAGUCCUGGCAUUGGAAAAAUAUAAAAUACCAGUACAAUAAGUAGUCUAGUGAAAGGUCCGCACUGCUGUGGGAGCUGCCAGGGGCUGUGCAGGAAGAGCAGAGCCCAGCCUGUCUCUGGAGCUUGGUGUGAAAUGGCAUUGUUAAUCGGAGUAGGGCAGAGGUGGUUAGUAUCAUAUGCAUGGUCUAUGCCUUAGGGCAAAGCUUCCGUUCAUUCAUCAAGGGGAUAGGCUUUAAGAAUGACAUUGCCGGGCAGUGGUGGAGCGCUCGGGAGGCAGAGGCAGGUGGAUCUGUGAGCCUGGCCUACAGAGCGAGUUCCAGGACAGGUUCCAAAGCUACACAGAGAAACCCUGUCUCGAAAAAUCAAGAGAAACAACAAGGAAUAGCAUUGCCUGUUCAGAGGAACAUCUGGGCACUCAGAAAAAGAAGUCACACUGCCACCUCGCAAUUUAAUCAGUUUUUUCCUCUCAGGAGGGCAGAUCCGAGAAUCCUGCAAUGGGACAUGCUUCUCUAAAAUGCAGUGGGUUACUGAUAAUAAUCAAAGACUUUGGGGUUGUGGGUAAUAACUGAAAAUAAUGCUAAACCUAAAGGGGUGGGUUCUUGAAGAAUAAUGCAAAAUUGACAUGGAUGCAGAUGUCUUUCUUAGGGGUCCCCUGAGGAAGAACCAUAAAGCACUGGGCCUGUCUGUACAGGCUUGAAGAAUCUAUGCAGCUGAGGCUCACUUUAGGAAUCCUUCCUUUGUAUGUAAAUAUGUUGUAAAUACAUAGGAGGCUGUAUAUUUUUGCAGUUGUUGAUCCACAUGGAAAUAGAGGUCACUAGUCCCUGCACAUAAGAAAUAUACAUUCUCAUAGAUGUUAGUGGUUUUGUUUUGGAAUUAGAAGAAUUUUACCUUCUCUCCCAUAGUUCUGUCAAUGUAAACCUGGAGCCUAAACCUUAAUUGUUUGGAAAAAGAAGUGCUGAGAAAUAACUGCUUUGAUUUCAUAUGCUGCUGUUAAGAUCUGUUAUUUAGAUGAUACAAAUAAGGACAACUUAGAAGAAAAUCAUUGUCAUAUAGAAACAGACUUGCCCAAAAUGAGAAGUUGUUUCUUCAUAAUGUUCUUUCAUGGUUAACAUUGAUGCUACUGCAUAGGAUUUAAGAAAACAGAAGUUAGGGAGGGUUUUUUGUUUUUUCUUCUUCCAAAAUGGAAUUAUCUUUUCCCAGACUUUGGGAUCCUUGAGGGGAGGGCUGAAUAUUCUUAUGAGCACAGAUUUGAAGGAAAACAUCCUGUUAUUUAGGGUUUUGAAGGUCUUGCAUGUUUGCCUUUAAGUGUUGAUGCCAACAUAGACUGUCUUGUCUGCCCCCCCCCAUCACUUGAAACUUAACCAUUGGUACGUAAUACAGUCUCUAGAGUCCAAUGUGUCUUAGACUCUCUCUGACUCAGUACAUGUAGCAAACCACUGUUUUAUUAAUGUAAAAUCUUGUAAAUGAUUUCCGGUGGGCAUCCAAAGUGAGCCACAAGUCACAAAACUUUGCUGACAACUGUCCAUCUUGGGAAGUUGGGUUUGUUUGUUUGUUUGUUUUUUCAGGGUGUGGUAUAAAUAAGAAAGUGUGGGAAGCUAUGUUCUAUAAAGGCAGUGUUAACAUAGUUUUCAAACAUUAAAAUGUGAAUUAAAAGUA